AUGGCAACUGAAGAGCAUAAUGUCGCAAAGGCUGAAGAGUUUAAAGUCCUUGCUAAUGAAGCAUUCAAAGAUCGGAAAUUUUCCCACGCUAUUGAUCUAUAUACACAAGCAAUUGAGCUAAACAGUCAAAGUGCAGUUUACUAUGCUAAUCGUGCCUUUGCUCAUCUCCGGCUUGAGGAAUAUGGUAGCGCAAUAUUAGAUGCUACAAAGGCUAUUGAAGUUGAUCCUAAAUAUUCAAAGGGAUAUUACAGGCGAGGUGCUGCUCAUCUUGGGUUGGGAAAAUUCAAGGAAGCACUGAAAGAUUUUCAGCAGGUCAAGAAAAUGUGUCCAAAUGAUCCUGAUGCAACAAAAAAAUUGAAGGAAUGUGAAAAAGCAGUUAUGAAACUGAAAUUUGAAGAAGCUAUUGCUGUACCAGGAUCCGUGAAACGUCCAAUAGCUGAAUCCGUAGAUUUUCGUUCAAUAGAUGUCGAGCCACAGUAUUCUGGAGCAAGAAUAGAGGGAGAUGUUAUUACUUUGGAUUUUGUAAAGAAAAUGAUGGAUGAUUUCAAGAAACAGCAAUGCUUGCAUAAACGGUAUGCAUUCCAGAUUGUAUUGCAAACGAAAGAGAUGUUGCAAGCUUUGCCUUCUCUUGUCGACAUAACGGUUCCAAAUGGAAAACGUUUUACUGUUUGUGGUGAUGUGCAUGGUCAGUUUUAUGAUCUUAUGAAUAUUUUUGAGCUCAAUGGUCUUCCUUCAGAAGAAAAUCCAUAUCUCUUUAAUGGUGACUUUGUGGAUAGAGGAUCAUUUUCUUUGGAAGUCAUUCUCACUUUGUUUGCAUUUAAGUGCAUGUCUCCAUCAGCCAUAUAUCUAGCUAGAGGAAAUCACGAGAGCAAGAGCAUGAACAAGAUAUAUGGUUUUGAGGGUGAGGUGCGCUCGAAGUUGAAUGAAACGUUUGUCGAACUAUUUGCGGAAGUAUUCUGCUGUUUACCUUUGGCUCAUGUUAUAAAUGAGAAAGUUUUUGUAGUCCACGGUGGUCUUUUUAGUGUUGAUGGUGUCAAACUCUCUGAAAUCCGAUCAAUUAAUCGGUUUUGUGAGCCUCCCGAGGAAGGGUUGAUGUGUGAGUUGCUAUGGAGUGACCCACAGCCUAUCCCUGGAAGAGGCCCAAGCAAGCGCGGUGUAGGACUUUCUUUUGGUGCAGAUGUUACAAAAAGGUUCUUGAAGGAAAAUAACUUAGAUUUAGUCGUCCGAUCCCAUGAAGUAAAGGACGAGGGAUAUGAGAUUGAACAUGACGGGAAACUCAUAACUGUGUUUUCUGCUCCAAAUUACUGUGAUCAGAUGGGUAACAAAGGUGCCUUUAUUCGAUUUGAAGCGCCUGAUUUGAAACCUAACAUUAUUACAUUCGCAUCAGUGCCACACCCUGAUGUUAAGCCAAUGGCUUAUGCAAACAACUUCCUCAGAAUGUUCUCAUAA